UCAGCCUCCGUGAAGGUUCCUGAGGGUUUCAUGGCUGUGAUGAGCGCCACGAGCUGGGAGAAGCGGGACGAUAACACCUUUGUCUUUGAGAUGUCCCAGCCGAUCCCAUCAUACCUGAUUGCUCUGGCUGUUGGGGACAUUGUGUCUGCUGACGUUGGCCCAAGGAGCCGUGUCUGGGCUGAGCCCUGCCUGAUCGAGGCUGCAAAGAAGGAGUAUGACGGGGUGAUUGAGGAGUUCCUGACGGUUGGAGAGAAGCUCUUUGGACCUUAUGUUUGGGGCAGGUACGACAUCCUGUUCAUGCCGCCCUCCUUCCCCUUCGGCGGGAUGGAGAAUCCCUGCCUCACCUUCGUGACGCCCUGCCUGCUGGCCGGGGACCGCUCCCUGGUAGACGUCAUCAUCCACGAGAUCUCCCACAGCUGGUUUGGCAACCUGGUCACCAACGCUACAUGGGGCGAGUUUUGGCUGAACGAGGGCUUCACCAUGUACGCCCAGAGGCGCAUUUCCACCGAGGUCUAUGGUUUGGCGUACACCUGCCUGGAGGCUGCGACGGGAAGGGCCCUCCUGCGCCAGCACAUGGACAACACAGGGGAGGACCAUCCGCUCAACAAGCUGCGGGUGGUCAUCGAGCCAGGUGUCAAUCCGGAAGACACGUACAACGAAACGCCCUACGAGAAGGGGUACUGCUUCGUGAGCUACUUGGCCCAUCUCGUGGGGGACCAGAGCAAGUUCGAUGCCUUCCUCCAGGCCUACGUGAACCAGUUCAAGUUCCAGAGCAUCACAGCGGAUGACGCCCUCAGUUUCUUCCUGGAGUACUUCCCGGAGCUGAAGGAGAAAGGCGUGGACUCCAUCCCAGGCUUUGAGUUCGAUCGCUGGCUGAACACGCCUGGCUGGCCCCCCUACCUGCCCGACCUCUCGCCAGGGGAGCAGCUGAUGAAGCCGGCAGAGGAGCUGGCAGAGCUCUGGGCAGCCGAUGGCUUGAACAUGGAGGCGAUCAAAGCCGUGGACAUCACGGCCUGGAGGACAUACCAGCUGGUCUACUUCCUGGAUCAGGUCCUGCAGAAAUCCCCCCUGCCAGAAGGCAACGUGGAGAGGCUGAGCGAGAUGUACCCGAAGAUCUCCCAGGCCCAGACUGCCGAGCUGCGACUCAGCUGGUGCCAGAUUGUCCUCAAGAACAACCUUGAGGCCGAGUACAGCAAGGUCAAGGACUUCCUCCACAGCCAG